AUGGACCAAAAUUCCCGCGACCCCUUCAGGUUCGCAGCACCGACCGAGCCCCCUCGACUCGUUCCGCGCGGAAGAGCUGCGCGGAACGGUGCCAUGCUGGUGCCGCAGGCGUUGCAGCGACCGUCGGGAGUGGAGCUCCCGAGGGUCUCCGUGCUGCGUCCGCGGGGCGUCAGCGCGGCCUGCGGACCUUCAGCCGGGCGCAACACGCGGCGCCGUCGGGGUCAGACUGGGUCCGUUUGGGUGAGUGGCCUCUCCUCCUUCUUGGUGGCCAAGCAGCUGCACGAGCGCAGAGCUGCAAGGGCAGCUGGAUCUGGAGCUGAAUGGCUGGCUGGUAAGCAAGAUGAACGUGAGUUCGCGUCGGAGGAGGACUACUUGAAGACUCUGGAGCUCGAAGGCGCCUUGCCCAAGGGCUUUCAGAUCGGAUGCAGCUCUUUGCGUUUUGUGCCUGAGGAGGCCAAGGAGAUGGGUCAGCUGCCCAUGAAACUCACCGUGCUUUGCUUGGAUGAGCCUAGUGAUCGAGUGGCAGCUGUCUUCACUCAGAAUGCAUUCCCUGGUGCUCCAGUGAGAUUGGGAAAGCAGCGGAUGGCCAGUCAGGGCCCAAUGACGGCUUCAAGAAAUCCUCGAUUCAUGCGCAGAAGAAGAUCCAGGCCAUCGUGGUGAAUAACAAGAUCAGCAGCCUGGGACGUUUCAGGACUGGUUUCAGUGUGACGUCUACUUCCACAUCCCCUUUGUUCAUCAUCUGGGAGGGUGAAGACGUGGAGCCUGGCGUUGAAAUACGCCUUUUUAUAGGGAACGACCUGCCACGUGGGUCAAUCAAGGUAUUGUCUAGGUCUUGACCCACAGCCGUAUUGUUUACGGAAAUAUGACGGAAAUAUGAC